UAAACAUUACAGCAGCACAGAAGAGAAGCAACCACUGUCCAUUAAGAAUCAUCUUUGUGCUCAUUAGAUGAGAACUGCAAAGGGGUGCUCGUCAGAUAAGAAACCCUACAUUGAGAAAUCACCGUCUAUUUCUGUGUACGUAAACAAGCAGCAAUGGCUAAUCAAAAGAAAGAAGAUUUUUCUGUCAAGGAGACCAAACCCUCCAUCCGUGCCAAGCAGCCGCUGAACGGUCCCACCACCUCCUUUGAUCUUGUGGAGGAGAUGCUGUAUCUAUAUGUUAAGAUUGAGAAAGCCAGACUACCCGUGCUUGAUCACAGUCUCCUCCAAGUUGAACUGAAGAUUGGGAACUACAGAGGAGCAGCAACAGCCGAGGUGAAAAAUCCACAGGGGGAGUUCCUAUGGUACCGGGUGUUUGCUUUCACCAAAAGCAGACUUCAAGAUACAAGGGUGCAGGUUUUGGUGAAAGAUGGUGUAAAUGUCGUCGGCGAGUGUAGCUUUGGUGUAUCAGAUGCAUUGAGGAGAGUACCACCUGAUCCUCCAUUGUCACCUCAGUGGUAUGAACUGGUGGCCCAAAAAGGGAAUGCUAAAGGAGAGUUGAUGAUGGCAUUUUGGACUGGGACACAGGCUGAUGAGGUCUAUAAUAGUGCUUCGCAUUCUGAUGCAGCAGUAGAUCUAAGCCAUGAGGGUUUAUUGAGUAUUCGUCCAAGCGUGUAUUAUACACCAAGGUUAUGGUACCUCAGAGUUAAUGUAAUUGGAGUUCAGGAUCUGGUGCUUAAUGACAUCAACAACAGAGAACAGCCGGCACAGAUUUAUGUAAAAGCUCGUGUUCCGCUUUGUGAAUUGAGCACUAGAGCUUGUUCAACCAAGACCGCGGAUCCUAAGUGGAAUGAGGACUUGAUGUUUGUGGUUGCGGAACCAUUUGGUGAAACUUUGGAUGUGGGAGUCUUUGAGCUAAAGAAAGAUGCAUCACUUCCUUCUGAGGAGCAAAAGAAAUAUGGGAAAUAUGAGGUACUUUUAGGGAGUUGUAGGAUUCCUUUGAAGAAUGUGGGGAAGAGGAAUGAUAGAUCACCGGCUGCUAGUCUGUGGUAUGAUCUUAAGGUAAUAGAGGGUGAGGGGAUGAAUGCGAGAUUUGCUAGUAAGAUUAAUAUGAGGAUCAGUUUGGAUGGCGGAUAUCAUGUUUUCGAUGAGCCUACUGAGUUUUCUAGUGAUCUUAGGCCGUCGGCAAAGAUAUUGUGGAAGCCAGCAGUCGGGAUGUUUGAACUGGGAAUUAUGAGCGCCUCUGGAUUGUCCCCAAUAAUGCCUAAGACUAGUGUAGACGCUUUCUGUGUCGCCAAAUAUGGGCCAAAGUGGGUGAGGACAAGAACAGUUGUUGAUAAUUGUUCUCCAAAGUGGAAUGAACAAUAUAUGUGGGAAGUCUAUGAUCAUUGUACAGUCAUAACUAUUGCAGUUUUCCAAAAUAAGUACUUGCUCAAUUGGGAAAGAAACCUUGAUCGGGAAAUUGGAAAAGUAAGGAUUCGGCUAUCCAAUCUUGAAUUUGAUAAAGUUUACACAAAUUCCCAUCCCCUUGUGAGUCUAGAACCUUAUGGGGUGAUGAAGAGAGGUGAACUUCAAUUGUCUUAUCGAUUUUGUUCUACAUCUAAGUUGAAUGUGUACCAUAGUUAUACACAAGCCCUUUGGCCCAAACUGCAUUAUGUUCUUCCACUAUCAGUAGCUCAGAUUCACAGACUAAGGCCUCAAGCUGUUAAGCUUACAGAAUCAAGGUUGCAGAAGGCUGAGUCACCACUAAGCCCAGAGGUUGUGCAGUAUGUGUUGGAUGAUAAUAAGCAUAAGUUUAGUCUCCGAAGAGCUAAAGCUAAUUUUUUGAGGUGUAUGAAACUUUUAGAGCGUUUCUCACUUUACAGACAGUGGUUUGAUCGGCUGCGGAAAUGGACUAAUCCAUUGCAUAAUGCUGUCUUUAUAAUUUCCCUCAUUGAGGUCACUUGGUUCCCUUGGAUGGCACUGGCUUCUAUGUUUUUCAUGCUUUCCGGUAUAGGGGCUUGGGGUUACUGGAAGAGGCCUAAACAACUUCCUCAUAUAGACACUGAAUUGUCUCAGGUUUAUAGCGUCCACCCUGAUGAGAUUGCUGAAGAGUUUGAUUCAUUUCCAACAAGUGCAACUGGGAACAUUUUGACGAUCAGAUAUCAUCGACUCCAAGGCAUUAUAUUGAAUGUUCAGACAACGCUUGGUGACAUUGCAAGUACAGGGGAGAGGGUGCAGUCUUUGUUGAGUUGGAGGGAUAAAAAAGCUACACUUCUUGCUCUGAUCUUCUUUUUCUUUGCUGGGAUGGUGUUUUACAUUUACCCUUUUAGCGUGCGAAGCCUUGUUUUCUGGACUAUAUUGUAUAUGAUCAGGCAUCCAAUGCUUCGUAUUGACCUCCCUUCAUAUUUCCACAACUUCAUUAGGAGGAUGCCAUCAAAGAUAGACAGCAUGCUAUGAGGAGCUGUAGCUUGGUAAGAGACACACUUCAUAUAGUAUCUGAACUCUCCUGUAUUUUUCAGAUGUUCUCUGGGAUCUAAAU